AGAGGUAUGAACAUAUUCGACAUUGGAUGACCCCUAUGCAAAAGAGAAAUAUUUUUUCUUUAGACAUGGAUAAAACUGGUAAAAAUAUGCAUUGGUUUGGUCAUUUUGCGUAUCGAAUUUUCACUUACACCUAUAUAUAUAUGUAUUACAUAUGUGUAUGCAUGUGAAAAUCAAAAGUCAAUAAACAGUUUUUCAUAUCCUAUUUAUAGUUCAUAAACAUACAAAUGACUUCGUUACAAAGAAGAAAAAUGACAACAUUGGAAGAUUACUCUUAACGGAAUUAGUGAUGUAUUUUAUGAACUUGACAAGGAAUCAGUUUUCACAUGAAGUAAUUUUCAGAAAGUCAUUUAUUCAAAUCUUUACGGAAAUUCACAAUAUGAGGAUGAACAUGUAACUUAUUUUAUCACUUCUUUUAGAAAAUUCUGGAAAUAUUUUACACAAAUAAGCACGCAAAAGGUUUUGGAAAGCAAUGAAUGAAUAUACAUUGUCUUGUUCAAAAUGAACUUAUCGUCUCAAUCCUUCAACAUUGGUGGUACUUAGAUGACUUUUUCUUUUUCGUAGGAAAUAAUAAGUGAUCCGAAAAAAAAUCAAAAAGUUUGUUAAACACUUUAAUAAAGCACAUUUUAAAGGAUGCAAUCAGUCGAAAGAGCGUUUAUGUUUCACUGUGACGGGAAUUCUGUGGUUGAGGAAGUAAGAAAUAUUUUGAGCAAAUCUGACUUACCCGAGGACUGGACUUCGGAACUUUGGAACAAUUUUGUAACAGAAAUGAUGACAUAUGAAAUGGAUACCCGUCAAAUGAAAAGAAAUUGUGUAGAAGUUUGGCAGGCAUAUGAGAAAAGAUGGCACGAAUUUCUCCCAGACUUAAAAGCGUCAAUGGCCUACCCAGUGUAUGCUGGAAGUUAUGCUGAAGGAAUGCCAAAUGCAUGCGACUUGGAUAUGAUUUGCGUUGCGACUUGGAUCGAUGCUUACGAGUACUUUGGAAAGUUGCGAGAAAAUAUGAACAGUUUGCCUUUCAUUUCCGACCUGUGUCAUCCAGGAUACAUACAAUUGAUUGUUCCAUCUAUUACGCGAAGAUGUUACGACUAUAAAGAUUAUCAGGUAAAGAAGGAUGGACGUCAUCAUUACUUGAGCAGUACGGGUUUUGUUAGAACAAUGAAAGAAUGGGGCACGACUGGGUAUGAUCAUGAUAUAAAUGGCCCAGCUCUAACAGAAGAAGGUGUUGAAGGUACAUCGAAUGACAUCGUGCACGCGAUUAAAUGCGAUAAUUGGCCAUCGUUUGCAAAUGAUGUUUUUCUACGAACAUGCUUUCAUGGCGAUGUUGAGAAAAUAAAACAGUUGAGUGUGUAUGCGGUAGCGACUGGUCAUGCCCUCAGUUUGCAUAACGAUAUAGAAUGGAGACUGUCCUUUACAGAAGCAGAAAAGUUAUUAGUGAGGGAGUGGACGGAAACCCAGUACCAUUGUUAUUAUCUAAUAAAGCAUUUAAAGAUGAUACAUCUAAAAAACGCUGAUGUCUUGUGUUCAUAUUUCAUCAAAACCGUAAUAUUGUGGAUAAGUGACGUCCUACCAAAUGCCAGCUGGAUUCCAUCCCGGCAAAUGGAGUUAUUAUUCAAAACGCUACAUAUUCUCCAGAUUAUGUACAGGAGCCACUACCUACCAAAUUACUUUAUUCCACAGAAUAACAUGAUAGACUACAAGAAUAAAGAAGAUUGUCUGGUUCUAGCAGAUGAGAUAAGAGACAUUCUGUCAUCCGGUCGCAUAAGAAUAGUCAUUGCUGAAUUACUUUGUGAAAAUGAUGUCGAAAGCAUAUUUUUGUCUGCAAAAAACUGGGAUAUAAAAAAUGCCAGAAUUACUUCAUGUAGAAUACUUUGUAAAACCAUUCGUAAAUACUGUGUAAGCUCAUGGACAUUCUGUGAGCAGCUAAUUAUAAACGAGUCGCAGCUUUUGUCAUCGCUAACAACUAUGAUGCCUAUUUGGAAUCGUUCACAGUGCAAAGCAAUGGAAGAAGUUUUAGCAAUUCUAACUCAAAUUGUUUCGUUGGAGUUUACUUGCGCAUUUCGAACUGUAAUCACAAGACAGAUAGCAGACUUUUAUCAUUCGAUUGGUACCAGACAGUCGCGAAAAAAAGCUGAAAUUUUCUACAGAGAGUCUCUUACACUCGUAUAUCCUUGUGAAUUCAAUGAUGGGCAAAUAUCGGGAAGAGUUCAAUUUGCUCUUUUUUACUAUUUGAAUGGAGAUUGUACCGUUGCAUUAUCUGAGAUAAACAAAAUUCAUCCAGCUAUCGUCGAUGCAAUCAAGAAUCUUAAAGUAGACCGUUAUCUUCAACUCUCUUUUCAAGUUUGGCUAAAGGAUAGAUUUGUUCAUGACGAGUUUUUAGCCAUGUUGGUUUCAACAUUAGUAAAGAAUUUUCCUUUUAUAGUCAAUGUAAUUGUCAUCGGCAUAUACGUAAUGAUUAAGUGUAUAGUAAAACUGUGCCCAAAAGAAGGUCAAGAUGACUUUUUGGCUUUGUAUUCUCUUCUGAAAGAAUGCGAGGACCAGCAGUGCACGCCUACGGCAUGUGGUUCAUAUCAAAUGAUCGCAGAUCAUUUAUCAGAUACUGUAAAGGAGAAAUAUCACAUAAUUCCCCUACAACCAACAGUCAAUUAUGUAAUGGCUGCUACCAGGAAUCAGGCUGUUAAGCAGUUUUGGGAUGACCGAUAAAAAAAAACAUCAUUAUAAAUAAACUGAUUUUUUUAAAUACAAAGGAUAUUCUACCAUAGGAAAAACUAUAACUGAUAGGGCGAGACCGAUAUCAUGUUCGAUGCAAUAAAAUACUUGAUAUCGAACUGAUGGGUUUUUUUUUAAUGUCUUAGUAAAAAUCCAUCUUAUUACGAUGGUACUGUUUAAAAGAGUAUUUGAAAAUUGGUUUUUUUUUCGCACAACGUGUUGCGGGGGAAAUAGAAAUACCGGGCGUCUGUCCAUCCGUCCUUCCGUCCGCCCGGUCUUGUUAAUGUCUCACGUGUACAAUUCUAUCCAGAUUUUUAUGAAACUUAUAUCAUAGGUUUAUAUCAGCAAUGUCUUGGACAAGUUCGAAAAUCAGUGCUGAUCAAUUAUUUUUAAAAGAGUUAAGACCCUUGGAAACAUUAAUUAUAUGGAAAAUUGCAUCGUUAGCGCUCUCAUGUGUUCAAUUCUUGCCAGAUUUUUAUGAAACUUAUAGCAUAGGUUUAUAUCAGCAAUGUCUUUGAUAAGUUCGAAAAUCAGUGCCGAUCAAUUAUUUAUGAAAUAAAUAUUAAUUAUAUGGAAAAUUGCAUUGCUAGCGCUUUCAUAUGUACAAUUCUUGUCAGAAUUUUAUUAAACUUAAAUCAUAGGUUUAUAUUAUCAAUGUCUGUGAUGAGUUUGAAAAUCAGUGCCGAUCAAUAAUUUUUAAAAGAGUUAUGCCCCUUAGAAUUAUUUAUUAUAUGGAAAAUUGCCUUAUCAGCGCUAUAAUGUGUACAAUUCUUGCACAUUUUUAUGAAAUUUAUAUUAUAGGAUUAUAUCAUCAAUGUUUUUGACGAGUGCCGAUCAAUUAUUUUUAAAAUUUUAAAGUUAUGCCCCUUGGAAAUAUUGAUUAUAUAGAAAAUUGCAUCGUCAGCGCUCUAAUGAUUUUUUUGCCAGAAUUUUAUGAAACUAAUAUCAUAGGCUUAUAUCAGCAAUGUCUUUGACACUUUCGAAAAUAAGAGCUGAUCAAAUAUUUUUAACGAGUUAUGCCCUUGGAAAUAUUAAUUAUAAUGGAAAACACACUGCAUUUGCUCCGAAGCCUUCAUUUCUCUAAGCUACUAGUAUUAAUAAAAAAGUUUUAAAGCA